CACACUAAUAAAAAUCAAAAAUCCUAAAUGGACGUUGUGAUGUGUAGAAUAUCAUGGGUAAGGUAGAAUGUUGCAAAUGAGUGGACCAUGAUCUUUUGAGCUAGUUUUCUGCCUUACGUGUGUAUGACUGUUAUUAAUAUGAUGAUGUAUUUCUCAUGUCUACAUCUGUUUAUGUACGUGCUUAAAAAAUAAUUACAAUUUUAGAAAUUAACGCAUGUUUUGUAUAUUUAAACAUUUGUCUUUCUAAAACAUUUACAAUUGACCCUAUUUGAUAACGUUGUGAUGUGGAACUACAAGUUCACUCUGUUGGGACUACAAGUUCCAUCGGCCCUUAGUCUAGUUAAGUAAUUCUGCUGCUGGUCGACCAAGCAUGUUCACUCUGUUGGUGUGUUGACGUGAACUCUCCUCGCAGUUCCCGGGAGCAGCGCACAGUCCCUCUCCAUUUGUCUCUCUGUCUCAUUUCCCUCUCCUACCCCUGUCCCUCUCCAUUUGUCUCUCUGUCUAUCCCUUGUUCAGAAGCACACCACCACCAUGCCCGAGGGUCCAGAGUUACACUUGGCCAGUCUGUUUGUCAACAGGAUGUGUGGGGGGGUGGUGUUCACCGGCCCAGUACGAAAAUCAGAGGUCAGUAAGAACCCUGAGGUCUCCUUCUCCUGCCCGGCAUACACCAUCAUCGCCACCUCCAGAGGCAAGGAGGUUCGCCUCACUCUAACCCCCAAGGAGAGUGACUCUGCCCUGGGGAGAUGCAGGCGGGUGAAGGCAGGUCAGGCCAACCAGGUCCAGACUAUGGACAUCGUCUUCCGUUUCGGAAUGUCUGGAUUCUUCCGUUUCACCACGGAGGCGGAGCUUCCUAAACAUUCCCACCUGCGGUUCUACACCAACGAGAAGCCCUGUAAGGUUCUGAGCUUUGUGGACACACGCCGCUUUGGCAGCUGGCAACCCAACGGGACCUGGCAAGCCAACCGAGGGCCCUGUAUCAUGUUUGAGUACCUGAGCUACAGGGAGAACGUCCUGUCCCACCUGGCCGACAGAGCGUUCGACCGGCCCAUCUGUGAGGCUCUGUUGAACCAGAAGUACUUUAACGGCAUCGGCAACUACCUGAGAGCAGAGAUCCUCUUUAGAUUAAACAUCCCUCCCUUUGUGAAGGCUCGGACGGUUCUGGAAGGACUUCAAACACAUCUGUCUGACGAGGACCGGAAGUCAGUUGUUAAAGAGGAGAUCACAGACACCGAGGUCAAAGUGGAGGUCACAGACACCGAGAUCAAAGAGGAGGUCACAGACAGAGAAAUAUCAGACAGAGCUGCUGUGAAAGAGGAUGAGACCCCUGACCUGCUCCGUCUCUGUCACACAGUACCUCUGGAGGUCAUCAAGUUAGACACACUAGUCAUUUUACGUGAGAACCAACCCACCAACGUUAUGAAUCAACAGCUCUUGGACCAAAGGAAAGAGAUUGGUAAUGUAGAAGUCAUAGUGGCCUCAUUUUAAUUUCCUGUUCUGACAUCUAUUGUUUCAACUCCAGGCUUCCUUCCCAUGUAUAUCACCCUGUUCUCUACAGCAGGGAUCUGCAACUAGAUUCAUGUAUAUCACCCUGUUCUCUACAGCAGGGAUCUGCAACUAGAUUCAUGUAUAACGCCCUGUUCUCUACAGCAGGGAUCUGCAACUAGAUUCAUGUAUAUCACCCUAUUUUCUACAGCAGGGAUCUGCAACUAGAUUCAUGUAUAUCACCCUAUUUUCUACAGCAGGGAUCUGAAACUAGAUUCAUGUAUAUCACCCUAUUUUCUACAGCAGGGAUCUGCAACUAGAUUCAUGUAUAUCACCCUAUUUUCUACAGCAGGGAUCUGAAACUAGAUUCAUGUAUAACACCCUAUUUUCUACAGCAGGGAUCUGCAACUAGAUUCAGCUGGGGGAUCUUUUUUGGGGGGGCAGAUUUAUAGCUUAUGUCAUGUUAUUCACAGACAGUUUGCGGUUUUCAAAGCUAAUUUACUGUAAUUCAUUUUUUUUUUUUUUGCCAUGGCUUAUGACGUGUUAAUAUACUAUCUGGGGGGGGAUAUGAGCUUUAGGGGGCCCCUAACCCCCCCCAAACAUUUUUUUGGGGGGAAGAAUGUCCUUUUAUGAAGUCGCCAGUGCUGACCGCCACGGCUAAUAACAUUUCCAGAGGAAACACUGGUGUUCCCUCCUGUAUGAUGACCUGUAUUAGGUGGUAAAGCUUACGUUUCCUCUCUGUUUUCGUUUAAUGUUGGUUCGUGAUAUGAACUAUACUGUUGGAAUACAAUACUAGUAAAGAACAAGAAGGCCCUUGCGCUAUUAAAGUCCCACAAUUCCCUGCUUUAUUGACGUUUCAAUCCCAAACGGAUCUUCGUCGGAUCAAACACACGGAGUGUUCACAUCCCACCUCACAUGACCAUGACGUAUUGUUGGGUGGUGAAAAACAAUGUGUAUCUCUAAUCAUUUGAUAUCAAUGAGACGGGCAGAUGUAGUAGUUACAGACAAUAUAUAAACUCAGCAACAAAAAAAAAGAAACGUCCCUUUUUUCACGACCCUGUCUUUCAAAGAUAAUUCGUAAAAAUCCAAAUAACUUCACAGAUCUUCGUUGUAAAGGGUUUAAACACUGUUUCCCAUGCUUGAUCAAUGACCCAUAAACAAUUAAUGAAGAUGCACCUGUGGAGCGGUCGUUAGGACACUAACAGCUUACAGACGGUAGGCAAUUAAGGUCACUGUUAUGAAAACUUAGGACACUAAAGAGGCCUUUCUACUGACUCUGAAUAACACCAAAAGAAAGAUGCCCAGGGUGACUGCUCAUCUGUGUGAACGUGCCUUAGACAUGCUGCAAGGAGGCAUGAGGACUGCAGAUGUGGCCAGGGCAAUAAAUUGCAAUAUCCGUACUGUGAGACGCCUAAGACAGCGCUACAGGGAGACAGGACGGACAGCUGAUCGUCCUCGCAGUGGCAGACCACAUGUAACAACACCUGCACAGGAUCGGUACAUCCGAACAUCACACCUGCGGGACAGGUAGAGGAUGGCAACAACAACUGCCCGAGUUACACCAGGAACGCACAAUCCCUCCAUCAGUGCUCAGACUGUCCGCAAUAGGCUGAGAGAGGCUGGACUGAGGGCUUGUAGGCCUGUUGUAAAGCAGGUCCUCACCAGACAUCACCGGCAACAACGUCGCCUAUGGGCACAAACCCACAGUCGCUGGACCAGACAGGACUGGCAAAAAGUGCUCUUCACUGACGAGUCUCGGUUUUGUCUCAUCGGGGGUGAUGGUCGGACUCACGUUUAUCGUCGAAGGAAUGAGCGUUACACCGAGGCCUGUACUCUGGAGCGGGAUCGAUUUGGAGGUGGAGGGUCCGUCAUGGUCUGGGGCGGUGUGUCACAGUAUCAUCGGACUGAGCUUGCUGUCAUUGCAGGCAAUCUCAACGCUGUGCGUUACAGGGAAGACAUCCUCCUCCCUCAUGUGGUACCCUUCCUGCAGGCUCAUCCUGACAUGACCCUCCAGCAUGACAAUGCCACCAGCCAUACUGCUCGUUCUGUGCUUGAUUUCCUGCAAGACAGGAAUGUCAGUGUUCUGCCAUGGCCAGCGAAGAGCCCGGAUCUCAAUCCCAUUGAGCACACCUGGAACCUGUUGGAUCGGAGGGUGAGGGCUAGGGCCAAUCCCCCCCAGAAAUGUCCGGGAACUUGCAGGUGCCUUGGUGGAAGAGUGGGGUAACAUCUCACAGCAAGAACUGGCAAAUCUGGUGCAGUCCAUGAGGAGGAGAUGCACUGCAGUAAUUAAUGCAGCUGGUGGCCACACCAGAUACUGACUGUUACUUUUGAUUUGGACCCCCCCCCCCCUUUGUUCAGGGACACAUUAUUCCAUUUCUGUUAGUCACAUGUCUGUGGAACUUGUUCAUGUCUCAGUUGUUGAAUCGUGUUAUGUUCAUACAAAUAUUUACACAUGUUAAGUUUGCUGAAAAUAAACGCAGUUGACAGUGAGAGGACGUUUCUUUUUUUGCUCAGUUUAUCUACAAGAUGGCCAAGUAGGAAUGUGAGCACUCAGUUUGUUUGUUUGACCUGACAAAGAUCAGUUUUGGG